AUGGAAGACCCAGAAAUACAACGGCUUGAAGCCGAAUUAAAAGAAGAAUUGGAGCUAAACACCUACCUUGAACAGCUAGUACAGAAUGCCAAAAAGCGACGUGAAACUCCCCCAAACCGUGAAUCUCUACCACCUCUCAAGCCCAACCAACCACCUCUGGGAUACCAAAGGAAGGUAAAGAGUCUCGAGUACUACCAGGCUCGAGCAAGAGAAAUUGAUCCUCGUAAAGAGUACGCUCGGUUGGAAAGAGGUUUAUGGCAUGGACGUAGAAACUAUAAAGUCAAAGGAACUCCAAUGCAAAGGCUAGAGCACUUCUUUAAACGAAUGCAAGAUGAUACGAACUUGGCCAGAGAAAGACGAGAUAAGAAGCUAGCUCAGUUUGGGUUGACGAAACAUGACUUGAAGGAAGGAAUGGUAAGUAUAAGAGUUGAAAGUCUUCUAGAUACUGAGUCUGAAGAUGUAUUUGGGUGUCUAUUUGAACCAGACCCAGAUCCUUCAAGGUGGUUGAAGUACGCCAUUCCAACCCCCAAAGAGGAUCUACUGGAUACUUCAGAAACGUACACCACAGAUUCUUCCUUAGUUGAUACUCUGUCGAUUGAGGUUCUGUCAGUAGAGCAUCUGUGGAGUGACUGGUCCAGUUCUUGGGGUUCAGGCUGGGUCCUGGAAGAAGAAGAACCCUACUUGGGUGCUUGGAGGUGGUGGAACCAAUGGUAUGUGAACUGGUUGCAAGAGCGUGAAGACUAUAUUGAACAGAAAAAGAGCAAGAAAAGUGUUCUUUUUGAUGGUGAUACUUAUGGCCUUGAGAGGUUGUUUAGUGAGAUUCCAUAUCUCUUGAGGAGACGAGUGGUUACUUUGGAUGAAGAUGAAAAGGGAGAAGAUCUUAUUCAGACCAGUCUGCGGAUGUCUUCUGGGUCAUUUGGAGGUGAUGAUAUUGAUGAUGUCCAGGUAGCUGAUGGAGAGCCUGCUGAUGACGAGUCUCUGGUAUACCUGGAUGAGCAGGUACUGGAGUUGGAUACAGUCGAAGGAAUGAAUACACUGGAGCAGUGUGAGUUUGCAGAAGCAUUAGCUGAGAUGGGAGUAGACUUUAGGUUGACCCAGGAGGAAUUAGAUGCCUUGUUUAAGCAGUUGGAAGAGGAAAGGUUGAUGGAGGAAGCCAAGAAGAGUCAGGGAAAAGAGGGAGAGGGAAACUCUAUCAAGAACUGUGUGAAUUACCUUGAAAAGCAGGUGAAGCUCAUUCUGAAGAAGAUUUCGAAUAACCAGCCAAAAGCACAGUCAGCGUGA